GGAUACCAUCAUCAUGGAUUGGUACGAAGAAACAGGCGGUUAUUACCCUCCGAAACAACUUCCAAUAGAAGAACUGAACGCAUGGAAUACGAGACUGGACGUGAAGCGCGACGAGCUGUGGGCGUAUCUAAAGGAGCUAGAUGAACUGCGAGCACUACGAGCACGCAAAACAGGAGAUAAGGAAAAAGUAGUGAAGUGUCCAUCUUCUUCAUGUCGUUGUCGACAA